AUGGCGAGGAAGCGGAAGAGUUCCGAAUUGGAGCCUAAGGCUUCGGCGACUAUCAUGGCCGUGAGGAAUUCCGAAGCACUCACCCGUGAUCUUGACAUUCUUUGUCAGAAGGCGGAUAUCAACUUGUCUUACAAGGCCAGGGAGUCUCCAGCGACCCUAGACAAAUACAACAUCAAGCGCCGCGUAUGCAAGAACUACGAAUUCCUCUGGUGGAGGAAUAGACCUGCCCUCGCUGCAGCAGAAGAGGAUUACCUGCAGACUUUGACAGAUGCACCGCUCGGAACUUAUUACAGUCAAGGCAGGAGGAUUGAAUUGCUUCUGGAGAAGCUCAAGGCUCCGGCAGCCGCAACACCAAAGAAGGCAGCCAAAUACCUCGACAAGAUCAAUGAGCCGGAACCGGACCCGACGCAGGUGCUCCCUCCUUCACCAGGUUCACCAUUGCUGAGCAGAAGCAACAGCACUGCCGCAAGACCACACGAUGCGAAGAAGAAAACAGUCACAGGCGUCUCUCGACUAUCAUUCCCAAAAGCCAUGCAUCCUGCUACAGAUCUUAGAUCUGCCUUCAUGACGGCAAAGGCGGACGCUUCGAAGCCAGCCGCUGCGGCCAACAUCUCCUUCAAGUCUACCACAACGGCAACAACGUCUUUCAAUCGAUCGUUCCAAUCAUCCCAGGGCUUUCCAGCUACGCAGGACACGGCAGCUACUUCCUUUAGCGAAGAUGUCCCUCCUCCAAAGCGGGAAUCAGAUUACUUCUCCUCUCUGUCCACGGUUGGGAUGGAGAAGCUGAACGCUCUAGCAGAGCAGACGUGGCCGCCAACCCAAAAGUCCCAUCUCAUGGACGAGACGAUUCGGCCGAAUCUCACAUCGGACGCAACCUGGCUUUCCGCCCCGCGUGACUCCCAGUCGACCUGUUAUGGGGAGUCUCUUGCUCCCACUGAUUGGGACGAUGCCUUUGCCAGGCUUCCACCCACAUCGCAAGACGUGGAAAUGACGGAUGGAGACAUUCAGGAGGUACCGUCAUAUGUCCCCACAGGAUGCCAGUCACAUGAAGUUCCAAAGCAGGUGAAAGCGAACCCACUUCAGACAGGGUCACUUUCGAAGACUGUUCAGAGUCCUCGAAGUCCCUGUAAGCCCCACACACGCAUCGGCAGAGACUUCGCCCGCUUGAAUCUUCCAGAAACCUUCUCAAGCGUGCACUUCGUGCUCCAGUGGGAAGUUCAAAGGGUGUUGCAAACAAACAUUUUCUCUGCCGAAGAGCUGGGAGAUAAAUGGAAGACGCGGACUUUAUCAGGAUUGUACGAGCUUCUCUCCGAGCAUCGCGUACGUUUCACGCCAGGGUUCGACCCGGACAGUUCACAAGACUUUGAAGACGUCACUUUGAGCGCGAAGCUACAGUGGACCGAAUCGAACAACGCGCCCCUCUUCAACCUGGUGCUCAAUGGCCCAAAGAAGGAGACUUCGUGCGCUCUACAGCGUCGUCUCGGCGCAGACCGAGUCCUCUAUGUGGACCUCCCAGUUCUCGAGCAUCCGCCGACGGCCCAUAGUGGCAGGCACGCACUCGACCGUUUCCAAAGGUUUUGUCGAACUCCUCAGACAUUCCUCGGCCGCAGAUGGAUAUGCUACUUUCUUCAGCCCAAAAAGGGUGAGCGCGAGUUCCACCGGCUCAUUCUGAUUGCGGAGAGCAGUCAUACCAGCUUUAUUGAGGCUCUUUUGUGGGCUCUGCCUAUCUUUGGGAAUACGCACCAGAUGGCGUGCAAGGCUUACAUGAGAAAAGAGCUUCAACUUUCCCGGACCAUCGUUGCCCUAAAAUUGUUUCCCAAGGACAUCGCGUAUGACAUCGCAGACCUUACAGCGACCUCCGACGCAGAUGAUCGCAGGUUCGAAGACCCAAUGUUGGGGGAUCAAUUUUACGAAAAGUUUGAUCCCAAAAUUGUCAUGAACGAUGGCUGCAACUUGAUGUCCAUCUACAUUGCCGCGGAGUACGCCCGGAUCAUGAAGCUAGACACUAUUCCUUCAACGCUUCAGAUGCGCGUCGCUGGCAGCAAAGGUAUUUGGUCAAUCAUAGAUGAAGAUCCUCGAAGCAUACACCAGCGGCCUGAGGGACCGCUCAUCUGGAUCUCCAAGAGCCAGAUAAAGGUACACAAAGAUCCUGCAUUAGAUUGCGACGAGCAUUGGCUCUCUGCCAAUGUCGUCAGGCCGAACAUGGUGCCGAGAGAAAGUUUCCUGUACAAUACCUUCUUGCCCAUUUUGGAAGACAGGGGCGUGCCGCGUGAUGUCCUUUACAAUGUGGUUCGAUCUCAGGUGAAUCGUGACGCAGAGGAGUUCCUAACCGCUCUGGCACAAGGACCUCUUCCACUACGCCAAUGGAUGCAAGCGCACAUGGAGUCUGGGGAGUCUAAGAAUCGGGACGCCGGUAUCGGCACCAUUGGCGGAUUCCCAAUAACUCGCGAAGAGAAGAUGAUUCGCAUGAUCGAGAGUGGCUUCGAUCAAAGGGAAUGCACGUACCUUGCCAACGAAGCCAUGGAGAUGGCAAAGGACACUUUCGACUUGAAGAACAAGCAUUUCAAGCCUCGCCUCUCCCAGUCCCUUACCUUGACAGGAAUGGCGGAUCACACAAACUCUCUGCCGCCUGGUGAAGGGCACGUUUACCUGGACAAGGCCUUCCUCGACACCGCGACAUGUAAGUCCCUGGUGAUGUUUGACGGCAUGGAAUGCCUCGUUGCACGCAAUCCCGCACUCGGACCUUCGGACAUACAAAAGAUUCGUCUUGUUUUCAAGCCACAGUUGGCGCGCUACAAGAACAUGAUAGUGUUCUCUGCCAAAGGCAUGCGCCCAUUCGCCGGGAAGCUUCAAGGAGGAGACUACGAUGGAGAUACUUUCUGGAUCACUUGGUGCGAAGAGCUGGUAAGACCUUUCAAGAACGCGCCAGCUCCGUGGAUGCCGCUGAGAACUCCGGAACACUACGGCAUUGUAAAAGACGACAAACGACUGUCAGACUAUAUUGACAAUCCGCUCUCCAUCGACCAAUGGUGUCGAUUCCAGUCCGACAUGGCCGUCUUCAGAAUGUCAUCAAGUGGCACUAACAUGCUUGGAAAUGUGACCUUGCACAUCGAAAGUCUCGUUUACAAAUACGGAACCGUGGCCCAUAGGGACGUGCUGGAACUCAUUCCACUGCACGACUACCUGGUAGAUGCUGACAAGCAAGGCUAUCGGUACAGUAGUAAAGCAUUCCACACUUUUCUUAAGCGAGCUGGCAUCGAUGAGCAUCCUCCUGUGCCUAAAUAUUGGGAGAUCACGAAGGCUGGGAAAGAUGUCGACAAGGAGAAGCAGCACAACUCAUACAAGCGCCGCUCCUCAGAGGAAGUACAUGGCAACAUCAUCGAUGACAUGUUCUCCACGGUUGUUACACCGAUCUUCAACGAGACGAUCCUUAGAGCUCGAAACAUCGUCAAGCCUGCGGGAGCAUAUGAUCCAGACCUGUACAGGUUCUACGAUCAGACCAUGGCGUCCGUCGUUGAGGGCUCUGAUAUUCACAAAGAGCUCAAAGCUCUUGAAAACGAGAAAUUCAGGAAGCUGCGAGACAUUUGGACGGGGCCCCGACUAGGCACGAGGACUGAGUUUCGCCGCCAGAUGAGGAAUGAGUACGACCAAAUGCUGCCGCAAAACACCGAAAAUCCCGCUAUCAAGGAGCUCUUGAGACGACAGGGCCACGCGCCCAGUCCUUGGGACCUGCUAAAAGCGUCUUGCCUCGCCAAGUUCCAGCAUUACGGGACCAAGAAGGGCGCCAUGAUGUUCAGUGUCGCAGGCCGAGAGCUAUGCAUUCUGAAGGCGAACGAGCUGGAUCCAGAGGUGCACCACAUGCUCCAGUCGCACUACCAUGCGAUGAAGCUAAGGAAGAUGAAGAAGCCACGGCCGACGGACGAGUACGAUAGCGACAACGUUGAGAACGAGGCGAAUGAUGACGAUGUCAACGACCGCGACGACAGAAACAACGACGAGAUCGGAUACUAUUAA